AUGCAGCUCGUCCAUUACUGGAUUCUCAUUAUAGCUAGUUCGUGUUGCGCAAAAAUAAUGAGAAACCGAAACAUUGAAAAAAGAAGGGCGCCCUCGGCUUUCGAACUGGCUCGAUUGCAGCGGGAUUAUGAUGCAGACUCCGAUUCUUAUGAAUCCAGCGAAAGCAAAGGAACAGACAGCUCACUGAGACGAGACGAGGUUGUGAGCGAAAGGACAUGUUUGGAACGCUGCACUAACCAACUUAAUAUUGGUAUGGACAUGGUAAACGCACACAUGUCUUUUGGAAGCAUAGAUUUGCCGUCGGUGGUAGAACAGCGCGACCUCGAGCUGUUUUGCCUUCUUGAUCGUCAACACACUCAAUGUGUAGACGAAUGCGGUUACGCGGUCCAAUUCAACCUCAGAGAAUAUGUGUGCAGGAGCAAAUUCGACGAGAUGUUGACUCACAUGCCAUGCUAUGUGCAAGCUGCUCCAGCGCUACUGAGGCACUGUCGCCCUCGGUGUGGAACUUACACUUCGCUGCAGCACACUUUGUCCGGAUACGCACAGAGAUGUCGCCAGUUGCUCUGCGACCACUCAUGCGUCAAUUUCAUCCUAGGAAAAAUCUGUCCAGGGGAGGAAGCAAGAAGAGCCGGAGCAUUUCUACUGGAAUUCACAAGACUGCAGGUGAACUACUGGAUGAAUGAUUUGAUGCGGACGCUUAACGUUUCAUCCGAAGCUUCGUAUCCUUCAUCGUGUGCGCGAUUGCAGUGCGAUGACUUUCUGGGGGACUGCGAUCGGCGAUGA